AUAUUUUGUCAAUUAUUAUUAAUUAUUUACGGUUACUGAAUGUUCAUGUAGUGUUAACUUAUAAAAUGCUCGCGUGACAAAACACAUCUUGAAAGCUUCUCACUGUGCUUGCAUUGUUACAAAGAUGGAGAACAAGAAACCCGCUGGUGAUAAUUUCAAAGUGCCAACGUUGCCCGUAGGCCGCCCCCUGCAGUCGAGCACCAAAGCGAACAUCCCAGACACGAAGGAAUCCACUUCAGCGGGCCUGAAGAGUGCGCACGAGAAGAAAAGUUCCUGGGCGCUGACAGACUUCGACCUCGGGCGGGCACUGGGCAAAGGUAAAUUUGGAAAUGUAUAUUUGGCGCGCGAGAAAGAGUCCCGAUACGUGGUGGCGCUGAAAGUGCUGUUCAAGAGCCAAAUCCUGGACGCGGACAUCGAGCACCAGGUGCGGCGCGAGGUGGAGAUCCAGUGCCGGCUGCGGCACCCCAACAUCCUGCGCAUGUACGGCUACUUCCACGACGAGAAGCGCAUCUACCUCAUCCUGGAGUACGCCAAGCACGGCGCGCUCUACGUGCUGCUCAAGCAGCGCGGCCGCUUCGACGAGAGGACUGCCGCCAUCUACAUCCGCGACCUCACCAAGGCUCUCAUCUACUGCCACGCCAAGAAAGUGAUUCACCGCGACAUCAAACCUGAGAAUAUACUUAUAGGACACAAUGGAGAGCUGAAAAUAGCUGACUUUGGAUGGUCCGUGCACUCCCCGUCCUCUAGAAGAAUGACGCUCUGUGGAACCUUGGACUACUUAUCACCGGAGAUGAUUGAGGGGAAGCCCCACAGCUACGCUGUUGACAUUUGGAGCCUCGGUGUGUUAUGCUAUGAGUUACUUGUAGGAUUACCUCCAUUUGACGCCAAGCACUCAAAUCAGACUUAUUUGAAAAUUAGGUAUGUAAUAAUUAAGUAUCCGGAGUAUGUGUCUGAAAAGGCAAAGGAUCUCAUGGGCAAGCUGCUGGUGGUGAACCCGGAGAACCGCCUGCCCCUCGCCAGUGUGCUGCAGCAUCCCUGGAUUGUAGAGAAUGCCCCGCCAGGGGCGCUGCCACCUGCCUUCAACCCUGACCCUAAUGUGAAAGUAGAGAAUAAACAAUAAUUACCUACGCUGCAGGCUAAUGUUAAUUAUUA